AUGCCUGCCGCAAUUGCAGACGCUCCGGCGGUAGCAAUGUCUUUUGCCAACAAUUUUUGGGGCAAAGACGAUGCUGGCGUUGUCCCCCUCCUCGACCGAAUGGUCAACUCGAAGCAGACCUGCGACGAACUCAAGAGUUUCUAUGGCGCACGAGCUUCGAUCGAAGAUGAGUAUGCCCGAAAGCUGAUGAAUCUGAGCAAGAAAACCAUAGGCACUCAUGAAAGCGGGACACUCAAAGCUUCUAUGGAAACGGUCCGCACCGAACUCGAGGCCAUGGCCAAACAGCAUCAAAGCAUUGCCGCGCAAAUGAAGACGGAGCUUGAAGAACCGCUGGCUGCCUUCGCAGGAGGCAUCAAGGAACGACGUAAGAUUGUUCAGGGCACUGUGGAGAAGCUGCUCAAGAUCAAGGUUCAACAAACAAAUCACGUUAACAAAACUCGGGACAAAUACGAACAAGAAUGCUUGAAAAUUAAAGGUUAUCUCGCACAAGGCCACAUGGUAAUGGGCCAAGAAGAGCGUCGAAACAAGGCCAAGCUGGAGAAGACACAAAUCAGCCUCGCGACUUCGAACACGGAAUAUGAGAAUGCCGUCAAGGUAUUGGAAGAGACCACAGUUCGAUGGAACCGAGAGUGGAAGGCCGCCGCCGACAAAUUUCAGGACCUUGAGGAAGAGAGACUCGACUUUACCAAAAACAGCCUUUGGACGUAUGCCAACAUCGCCUCGACAGUUUGCGUUAGCGACGAUGCAGCUUGCGAGAAGAUCCGCCUCUCUCUUGAGAACAUGGAUGUGGGGACUGACAUUAUCACUUUCAUAAAUGAGCGUGGUACUGGCCAAGAGAUCCCUGAGCCCCCCAAAUACAUCAACUUCGUCCGCGGCGAUGUCCACGAUACCAACUCUGAAGCUUCCGAAGAUGAAAACAACUAUACCGUGGCGCAGUUUCCCCGGAGUAUCAAUCCAGCUUUCCGCUCAUCUUCGCCACAGCCUUCUACGUUUGAGUCGCAUCACGAUCCUAAUUCCGCGCUGGCGAAUGAUUUGGCUCAUAGACCUCAGGUCAAGCCAACGGGCCGUGAGGGUGCGGCAACUCCUCAAAAAAGCCCUCAGAAGAUGCUGCCAGCUGCACGCGCAUCCUCGGAGGAUCAAUAUCGUAAGCAACAGCCAGCAAGCAUGGAUGAUCGUUAUCGACAGCUGCCGCCAGCGGCAGAAGAUCAAUAUCGCCGGCAACAACCUGGCCCAGACGAUCAGCAUCGCCGGCAGUUACCUCCACCUGAAGAGCAGCAUCAGCAACAGCAACAAUAUGGAAGACAGCCGCCUCCAGCCGAUGACCAGUAUCGAAGGCAACCGCCUGCGGCCGAAGACCAGUAUCGUAGACAGCCACCGGCUCCAGACGAUCAGUUUCGCAGGUCGCAAACAAGCUCAAACCCUCCAUCGCCAUAUGAUAAUCUUCGGCAGGGUCCUAAAGGAACAAGCCCCCAUGAUCCAUAUCCGAAGGAUGGAAUGACGAUGCUGUGCCGCCCUGGCCCUCCAUCAGCUAGCAGCUCCCAGAUCCAAUCUGCUAGGCCGUCAAGCCGAGACUCUCGCAGCGAAUAUUCCGAUCCUACGUCGGCAUCCAGCCAGGAACCCCAGAGCGGCAAAAUGUCUCCUACUAAGCAAGACCCGCCUUCAAGCCCUGACAAACGAGCACUUAAGAAGCGAAGCGGAUUCUUCCAAAACCACAGCCCCUUCAGACGUAAGAGCACCAAGGAUCUACAAGCUGCUGCCGCCGCCGGUAAUGCACCUAGCAACAGAAACACUUGGCACCCGUCUCAAUCCCAGACAUCGACAAGCCCCGUUCGCCGACCUCAACCCUAUGGAAAUAACGAGCCGCAGACUCGGAAUCUGCUGAAAGAACGGACUGCCAGUCCAGAGCCAAUUGAUGCUAAUGCAAGCUUGGCUCUUGGUGUGGGACAAAACGUUCUCCCUGUUACUACCGCUGAUACCAACCGACAGAAACCACAACAGACGCCCCAGAAGGCUGGACCAGCGGAUCCCAUUGCAGCAGCCUUGGCCGAACUCAAAAAUGUCAACGUGGGCAAGCAAGCUUCGGUGAGAAUGUCGGCCGAUCACUAUCAUGGCAUCUCUACGCCUGUUCCAAACACCGAGGCAGCGAUGACAAGGGCCUUCCCAGCUCCUGGUAGCCAUGAUGCAGCUGCCGCCACGCGUGGCACGCCUCCGCCUUCAUAUCAGGCUCAAACUCAAGUAACGAGGCUGGGAGUGCCGCCUCCAGCUGUGACAUCCAGGGCUAUGAAGGAGGCUUCCCAAAAGGUGGCGAACCAGGCAAGGAGCGUUUUCGGCGAUGAGGGUCGUAGAGGAUCUGCGAGCAACGCUGCUUCUCCUAUUUCGCGACCUGGCACACGAGGCAACGAUCGUUCGGCCUCUCCAGCCACUGCUCGUGGUGCAUCUCCCCAGCCUCAGCGGCAAAUGAGCAAUGAUCCUAGACACUCAGCAUCGCCAAAUCCUUAUCACCAGCGAAACAAUUCCUCGACCAGUGUAAACCGCGGUCCAGAUCAAGGAUACUAUCGCGGGGCGUCUCCUCACGGGUCGACUCGGGGCUCAACCAGGGGAGCUUCGCCAAAUCCGUAUAGGGGAGACUACAACUACUCUCAGAGUCGUCCGGGAAGCAGCUAUAGCGGCUCCGAAAUGGCGAUGCAGCUAGCUUCUCCUGGUGGUGGUGAUGAUCGUUAUGGCUCGACAAGAAGCCGGGCCUCCAGUCGGCCAGGGUCGCGAGCCAUGGGCCUAUACGAUGGAGGCCACCAGCGGAGCAAAAGCGUGGCUGACCCGUCUAGACAAUAUUCUCGAGAUGGACGACCAAUUUUACAUAUGGCACGUGCAGUGUACAUGUAUCAAGCUGCUAUUCCCGAGGAACUCGGCUUCGCUAAAGGCGACUACCUUGCCGUCUAUCGUCACCAAGAUGACGGGUGGUGGGAGGCAGAAGUCCACAACGGAAAUGGCCAAAUUGGGCUGGAAACAUUCCAGGAGACUGCGCGCGUUAUCACGUCGAAGCCCGUCCAGAGGGCCGCUGUCAAUGUCGUGUUGCUCGUUUCUGGAGCGGUGACACUGCUUGGCCUGGCUGCGAUUGCCACUGUGCUCUUCUUCCAGAAUUUUGUUCCUGACCAGUUUGUCACUACGCCAGUUCAUCUGCAAUAUGGGACGAGUCUUAAUCCAUAUAGCCUUACGGCACUCGCUGUGCCAAUGCUGAAGCCGCAGCAAGAUUAUGACAUCUCCGUUACCCUCUCGAUGCCGCGAUCGCCUCCGAAUGUCGAACGAGGGAACUUUAUGGUUAGCUUAUAUCUACUGGGCUCCGAGAAUGGCUACGAACUAGCCGAAGAUGCGCGAAAAUUUGCCAAUCGCGAACCGAGUUUCGAACAUAACGAUGUGGUUUUCCACUCACGAAGACCGGCCUUGCUCCCUUACAUCGAUCCCGUCGUUUCCUUGGCAUCGCGCGUUCUGUUCUUGCUCUACCAUUUGAUAGUACCAACGGCGCAAACCUGCAUAAUGCGAAUACCAGUGGCCGAACGAGUUGCUUUCCCGACAGACUCUUCCAUUCCCUUGUCGGCGUAUGUGGAGAUAGAGGCUGGACAAGGGAUUCAGAUUUACAGCGCUUCACUUACGCUGACGGCGCAACUUAGUGGCCUACGAUGGCUCAUGUUUCACUAUCGUCUUUUGACAUUCAUCACAUUUACGAUGGUUUUCUGGGUCUGUGAACUUGCAUUUAUGAGCGUCGCUUGGGCCGUCUUUGGCGCUUUAAUGGGAUCUUCACCCAACAAACUGGAACCAAAGGCUCGAAAAAGCCAGCGCAGGUCGACACCUGAAGAAGCGACAGACCCUGACGACUCUGACGAGGAUGAUGAAGAAGAUGGCGGAUCUGAUUAUCCGCAGCAAUUCCCUACCUAUGGAAAGCAGCCUGCCUUGAAGCAUGAACCAGACAUCAAAGACGAAGAAGAGCACAAACAGCCCCUUUAUGAGAUCCCUGUUGCCGGAGAAGAAGCUGAUGACGAAGAAGAAGACGUUGAGGAUAAGUCACCUCGAGAUUCGGGUAUAGGUACCAGCUACAGUGGAGAAGGGAGCAGCAGUGUUCGCAAGAGAAAGUCGCAGUCGCACUUGGAGCAGUAG